CCAAAAAUCAAUGAACUCCCCUCUUUCUUUUCUCUCUCCUCCAUUUCUUCUUGCAGAGCGAUUUCUAGGGUUCUUCCUCCUCAGUUGGAAUUUCAAUUUCAAGUCCAGGUCUUCGAAAAUCCAAUUGAGCUCAGAAUCCAAUUCCAAAAGCUUCAAAUCAAAUGAGUAAUGACUCUCGCCAAUAGUGAAUGGCUCGCUUUCACCCUCCCACUCUUCAUUUCGCAUUCUGCUUCAUCCUCAUAGCUCUAACCACAAACCCUAGCCUCCUCCUUGCAUCCGAAGACGACGACGAGUUUUCUGAUUCCAAUCUCUUCCACCAGGAUUACUCGCCACCGGCUCCGCCGCCGCCGCCGCCGCACCCGCCGUCGGUGUCCUGCACCGAUGACCUCGGCGGCGUCGGCUCGCUGGACACCACGUGUCAGAUAGUCUCUGAUUUGAACCUCACCAGAGACGUGUAUAUAGCAGGGAAAGGAAAUUUUUAUAUCCUACCCGGUGUGAGAUUCUAUUGCGAUACUCCUGGUUGCUCCAUAAUCGUUAACGUUACUGGUAAUUUUAGCUUAGGUAACUCGUCGUCGGUUUUCGCCGGAGCUUUUGAGGUCGUGGCGCACAAUGCCAGCUUUCUCAACGGCUCAGUUGUGAACACGACGGCUCUGGCGGGGAAACCGCCGCCGCAGACGAGCGGGACCCCGCAGGGGAUAGACGGUGCCGGCGGCGGCCAUGGAGGGCGCGGCGCGUGUUGUUUGGUGGACCAUUCGAAGCUUCCGGAAGACGUGUGGGGCGGCGACGCCUACUCGUGGUCGUCGCUGCAGAGGCCGUGUAGUUUUGGGAGCAGAGGCGGUUCGACGAGUAAGGAAGUGGAUUAUGGAGGCUUAGGGGGAGGGAUAGUGAAGCUGGUGAUUACGAAUUUUCUGGAGGUGAAUGGGAGUGUUUUGGCAGAGGGAGGUGAUGGAGGUGCCAAAGGUGGAGGUGGUUCUGGUGGCAGCAUCUACAUUAAGGCUCAGAGAAUGACUGGUAGUGGCAGGAUAAGUGCUUGUGGUGGUAAUGGUUAUGCUGGUGGCGGUGGUGGAAGAGUGUCAAUUGAUGUUUUUAGCAGGCAUGAUGACCCUUCAGUAUUUGUGCAUGGAGGAAGUAGCAAUGCAUGUCCAGAAAAUGCAGGCGGUGCUGGUACUUUAUAUGAUGCAGUUCCUCAAAGCCUUAUUAUUAGCAAUCAUAACAAGUCAACAGAUACAGAAACACUUCUUUUGGAGUUUCCUUAUCAGCCUCUUAUGACAAAUGUAUAUGUUCGAAAUAAAGCUAGGGCUACUGUCCCUCUGCUUUGGAGUCGAGUCCAGGUGCAAGGACAGAUAAGUCUUCUCUGUGACAGUGUGCUUAGCUUUGGACUUCAACAUUAUGCUUCAUCAGAAUUUGAGUUAUUGGCUGAAGAAUUGCUAAUGAGCGAUUCUGUAAUAAAGGUGUAUGGAGCCUUGCGCAUGUCCGUAAAAAUGUUCUUGAUGUGGAAUUCCAAGAUGCUUAUAGAUGGUGGUGGAGAAGAAGCUGUUGACACAUCCUUACUUGAGGCUAGUAACUUGGUUGUUCUCAGGGAGUCAUCUGUGAUACACUCUAAUGCAAAUUUGGGAGUUCAUGGACAAGGGUUACUGAACCUAUCAGGACCAGGAGAUUGGAUUCAAGCACAACGUCUGGUGCUAUCACUAUUCUACAGUAUUCAUGUUGGGCCUGGAUCUGUUUUGCGUGGCCCCUUAGAGAACGCAACAUCUGAUUCUGUAACACCAAAGCUCUACUGUGAAAAUGAAGAUUGCCCGGUUGAGCUACUUCAUCCACCUGAAGAUUGCAAUGUGAACUCCUCAUUGUCCUUUACACUUCAGAUAUGCCGGGUUGAGGAUAUCAAUAUUGCAGGCCUGAUAAAAGGAUCCAUUGUUCAUUUUCACAGGGCAAGGACCAUUGCUGUCCACUCUACUGGAAUGAUAAGUGCAUCAGGAAUGGGCUGCACUGGUGGUAUAGGGAGUGGCACCGUUCUAAGCAAUGGAAUUGGCAGUGGUGGUGGGCAUGGCGGUAAAGGUGGGGCUGCAUGUAUUAAUGGUAGUUGUGUUGGGGGUGGAAUCACAUAUGGGAAUGAAAAGUUGCCUUGCGAACUUGGUAGUGGAAGUGGAUAUAACAGUUCAGCUGGUUCAACUGCUGGCGGUGGUAUUAUUGUAAUGGGUUCUUUAGAACAUCCAUUGUCAAGUAUGUCUGUUGAAGGCUUGGUGACAGCUGAUGGUGAAGAUUCUGAAAAUGGACGUCCUGGGGGUGGUUCUGGUGGAACUAUACUUCUCUUCUUGCGUACAUUAGAUCUUGGUGAAUCUGCCAAUCUCUCGAGUGCUGGGGGAUAUGGGAGUUCCAAUGGGGCAGGUGGUGGUGGUGGUGGAAGAAUUCAUUUUCAUUGGUCAGACAUUCCCACUGGAGAUGUUUAUCAGCCCAUUGCAAAUGUGGAGGGAAACAUCCAUGCAAGGGGAGGGACAGGCAGAGACCAGGGUGGUGCUGGAGAACAUGGGACAGUGACGGGAAAAGCAUGCCCAAAAGGGCUAUAUGGGACCUUUUGUGAGGAAUGUCCACCUGGCACUUAUAAGGAUGUCAUUGGGUCUGAUGGGGCACUUUGUCAUGAUUGUCCUGUUGAAGAGCUUCCUCAACGUGCUAUUUAUAUUUCUGUUCGAGGUGGUGUUGCCGAGAUGCCUUGUCCUUACAAAUGCAUUUCAGACAGAUAUCACAUGCCAAACUGUUAUACGGCUCUUGAAGAGUUGAUCUACACAUUUGGUGGGCCUUGGCUAUUUGGUCUUCUUCUGAUUGGUCUCCUCAUCCUGUUAGCUUUGGUGCUAAGUGUCGCGCGUAUGAAAUUUGUUGGGGUUGAUGAAUUACCAGGCCCAGCUCCCACUCAACAUGGCUCACAAAUAGACCACUCUUUUCCAUUUCUUGAAUCAUUGAAUGAGGUUUUGGAAACAAACAGAGCUGAGGAGUCCCAUAGCCAUGUGCACAGAAUGUAUUUUAUGGGUCCGAAUACAUUCAGCGAACCUUGGCAUCUGCCUCACACUCCUCCAGAACAAAUAAAAGAGAUUGUAUACGAGGGUCCAUUCAAUACAUUUGUUGAUGAGAUUAAUGCCAUAGCCAAUUAUCAGUGGUGGGAGGGAGCAAUGUACAUCAUUCUUGCUGUUCUUGCAUACCCCCUUGCAUGCUCAUGGCAACAGUGGCGCCGAAGAUUGAAAUUGCAACGCCUGCGUGAAUUUGUUCGAUCGGAAUACGAUCAUGCCUGCUUACGGUCUUGUCGUUCACGUGCUCUUUAUGAAGGAAUUAAGGUAGCUGCCACUUCUGAUUUAAUGCUAGCUUAUGUGGACUUCUUCCUUGGUGGGGAUGAAAAGAGAACUGAUCUUCCUCCUCGUUUACAUCAAAGAUUUCCUAUGUCAUUACCUUUUGGGGGUGAUGGAAGUUACAUGGCUCCUUUCUGUCUUCACAGUGAUAAUAUUGUCACAAGUCUCAUGAGUCAGUCGAUCCCACCGACCACAUGGUACCGUAUGGUGGCUGGUUUGAAUGCUCAAUUACGCUUAGUUUGCCGUGGAAGGCUAAGAGUUACACUCCUUCCUGUCCUUAGGUGGCUUGAAAGCCAUGCCAAUCCGGCUUUGAGGAAUUAUGGUGUACAUGUUGAUCUUGCAUGGUUUCAGGCUACAGCUUUUGGUUAUCGCCAUUAUGGACUAGUGGUGUAUGCUCUUGAAGAAGACCACAUUGAUGGAGCAAUUGGAACUGAAGAAUCACGUGCAAAUAGCAUUUACGAUGAAAAUUCUUCUGGUCAUUUGAUAGAAGAACCACUCAUAAGCCAAUCUCACAGAAGCAAUGUGAGGCGAAGGAGAGCAUAUGGAGGGAUUGUAGAUGCCAACAAUGUACAAAUGCUUAUGGAACCGAGAGAUAUAUUUUAUCCUGUCUCUCUUAUGCUUCGUAAUACUAAACCCGUUGGACACCAGGAUCUUGUUGGUUUAGUCAUCUCAAUGCUUCUUUUAGGAGAUUUUAGUUUAGUUUUGCUCACAUUACUCCAACUGUAUUCGUUUACAUUAGUGGACGUCUUUCUGGUUCUGUUUAUUUUACCGCUCGGCAUUCUUCUCCCAUUUCCUGCUGGUAUUAAUGCUCUGUUCAGUCAUGGACCCAGACGUUCUGCCGGGCUUGCACGUAUACAUGCUCUGUGGAAUCUUACAUCCUUAAUUAAUGUUGUGGUUGCUUUCGUUUGUGGAUAUGUUCACUUUAAUAGUCAAGCAUCGAGUAAAAAACAUCCAUUUCAACCCUGGAAUAUAAGCAUGGAUGACAGUGAAUGGUGGAUUUUUCCUGCUGGUCUGGUUGUUUGUAAAAUUUUUCAAUCACAGCUAAUCAAUUGGCAUGUAGCCAACCUGGAGAUUCAAGACCGUUCCUUGUACAGCAAUGAUUUUGAGCUGUUCUGGCAAUCCUGAUAAUUUUUAACAGGAGAAUGCUCUUCCACAUUAACAUGGUUUUUGGCCCUUUUGUAAUACAUUUCCUCUGUACGCUAUUUUGACAGUAGGAGUGAGUGACAUAGGCAGGUAGCAAAAGAAAAAUGUUGAAUAUGAAUUGUGAAAGUGAAAAGAAAUAGAAGAGAGAAAGAUAGGCAUUGAUGUUAAUGUAACCACUUUUGAACAAUGUGAUGCAGUUUUCUGUAUAUAGUAAUUGGGGCAUAUACCCACUCUUUAGUGGAUUCUAGUA